CCAAACACACCCAACCCUUUCUUUCUCUUUCUCCUUUCCUAUCUUGGUAGUUCCAAUCGAUUCGUGGACAUCUCCGAUCAUUCUCCUAUUUUCUCAAAUGGUCCACCGCUGCCAUGAUGCUUUCCAUUUUUCAUGGGUCGCUGGACAGCAGGAUAUUUGAGGAAGAAGAUUGUGCAAGAGCUAGAGCAAAGACAAAGCAAUCAUCAAUUGAAACAGUAGAGAGAGAAUCAUCAAAUUUGUAAAAAUUCUAACAAAAAUUUACAAAAAUUCAUUAUCUUCUUCCUUUUUCUUUUUUUUUUCUCUCUCUAUCUGGGUUCUCCGAGAACCGAAACUGGGGUUCUCGGAGAACUCCUAGAGAACCCAGGAGAAAAAAAAAAUCUAGAGAACCCAGAUCUAGAUGUAGAGGUAGCUCAUUUGUUCUUUAUUCUUAUUAUAAGGAUUUUGUGACAGUAACAAUAAAAGGCUCAAAUUUGGAAUUGGAAAGAAUCUUGACGAUUUUCACAACCAUUGAUUUCUCAAGCAAUCGAUUCUAUGGGGAAAUUCUUGAAGAGAUUACCGUUGACAAAGAAAUGCCACAACCAGGAAGAACUAGGAGCACCUCCAUCAAAAUUUGAUGAAGAAGAUGACUCUGCAGCACUCUUUAAUUGGAAGUUUGCAGAUGGAGAACUCAAAAAAGCAGAGUGGGGGAAAGGAGAUGUGACGUUGAGACUAAAAGACAUCCCUGUGGUGUGUGAGUUUCCGGAUGUAUUUCUGGAGGAUCUCCGAGGUUUACCUCCAGAUAGGGAGAUUGAAUUUGCUAUUGAUCUUGUUCUUGACACCAGACCUAUUUCCAAAGCCCCAUACCGUAUGGCUUCUGCGGAGUUAAAGGACUUAAAGGUCCAGCUGGAUGAACUCCUUGAGAAAGGAAUUGAUGACUUGUUUGAUCAGCUUAAGGGUGUCCAAGUGUUUUCUAAGAUUGAUCUCCGGUCUGGCUACCAUCAGUUAAAGAUUAAACCUGAUGAUGUGCGGAAGACUGCCUUCCACACUCGCUAUGGUCACUAUGAAUUUCUGGUUAUGCCUUUUGGCUUAACAAAUGCCCCUGCAAGAUUUAUGGAUUUGAUGAAUCAGAAAGAUAAGGUUAUUGCAUAUGCUUCACAGCAGUUAAAGCCUUAUGAAGAAAAUUACCCUACCCAUGAUCUAGAGUUAGCAGCUGUGAUAUUUGCACUUAAGAACUGGAGGCAUUAUCUAUACGAUGAGACUUGUGAAAUUUUCAUCGAUUACAAGAGUCUCAAGUAUAUUUUCACUCAAAAGGAGCUUAACAUGAGGCAGAGGCGAUGGCUUGAACUUUUGAAAGAUUAUGACUUAACCAUUAGCUACCAUCCAGGCAAAGCCAACAAAGUAGCAGAUGCGUUGAGUAGGAAGUCCUCUAGCACUGCCUCUAGCAUCCUUGCCACCCAGAAAGAGAUUCUUGAGGACCUUGUGAAACUAGAUGUGGAGUUGAGAGUGGACAGUACUACAGCUUAUCUAGCUGCUCUCAAUGCACAACCGGCAUUAAUUGAUAGAAUUAAAGUUGCCCAACAAAAAGAUCCUUUCUUACAAAGGUUGAAGAAAAAAGUAAAGACGGAGGAAGCCCACAUGCAAGAAUUCAGAGUUUUUGACGAUGAGACUUUGUGGUUUGGUGACAAGCUGUGUGUACCAAGAGAUCAUGCUUUAAGGCGUGAGAUUAUGGGAGAUGCCCAUAAUACUAGUUACACAGUUCACCCAGUUACUAGUCCAGCAUCCGUAUGGCACUAUUUGAGGCUUUCUAUGGUCGAAGGUGUAGAUCACCUGUUUGCUGGGCAGAGGAAUGCCUUCAUGCUGCAUAGAGCAGGCAGAAAAGCUAUGCGGAUAGAAGCAGACGAUACCUUGAGUUUGAAGUCGGUGACCAUGGUUGGCAAGGUAGCUUACCGAUUGGAGUUGCCUGGAAAUUUAACGAGUGUUCAUGAUGUGCUCCGUGUGUCUUUACUUCGGAAAUAUAUUCCUGACCCGAGCCAUAUCAUUGAUCCGGAACCCAUUCAGCUUCAAGAAGAUCUCACUUAUGAUGAGCACCCGAUCCGUAUUUUAGAUUUCAAGGAGAGGGUAAUGCAGAGAAGGACUAUUCGUUUUGUUAAGGUCCUCUAGGAUAACCAUUCGGUUGAAGAAGCUACUUGGGAGUUGGAAUCCAAGAUGAGGCAGGAACAUCCGCACCUCUUCCAAGAUUGAGCCGCGCGAUUCUGCUCUUCUUCUUCUCCCUUGCAGCCGAACAAAAGGCCAAGCCACCGACACACCCACCCUCUUGAGAAAUGGUAAAAAAGCUUGAUUUUUUUCCUUCUUUUCUUGUUCAAGAACAAGAUUUAGAACCUUGAAAUCACCCCCUUGUAGAAAAAUUUCCAAAUCUGCUCUGCUCUUUCCUCUCCGUCCGUUGCUCUAUUGUGUGGGUGUGAUUUUUUUUCAGGUUUUUGAUCCCCUAAAUUCUCCUUCCAUUCCCGUCGGCUCCCUCAACCCGCCAGCUCCGGUUUGCUUGCUGGAUUUUCUGGAAGUGAGACCCGAGGCACGGUUAACCAAGCGGAGUGACGAGCUAGAAGGGUUUGGAAGAUGGGACUGAACCAUUUGGUGCAUUAAGUAAAAAAAAAAAAUAGUUUGAAUCUUU